GUUUGUAUUUUUUCUUGAGUAUAAACUUCAUUAGUUUCGCAACUUUGUAAUGUUAUAUUUGAUACACUGUAAUAGAUGGUACAUACAUCUAACCGAUAAUUUUAAAUAAUAUAUUGACAGUUUUUCAACUAGCAUUUGUGACUCGGUUGGCAUUCAAGAAAGUAUAUUUUUGGCUGACACUUCAGUAGAUAAACAGAAUCGAUGAGGUGUGCGUCGUUCGAUCAAAGUCAUAAGAAAGAUGAAUAGAUUGAUGGAUAUCGAGGAACAGAGUCAAGAUGCAUCCAAUGAUACCCCCUUGCGCGGAUAUCAUCCGAGAUUUCGCAGAACAGAGCAGUUGGAUAUUACAAAACCGGAUGUUUCACGGAAAUGGUUUCUGGCGUCUACCUUUCAAACGGCUCUCGCGGAGAAACCCGAGGAAUGUAACGCGCAAAACUUUUUGGAUUCGUUGAGCAAUAUAAAAGCCAAGGUGUGUCCGUCCAAACCGAGACAAAUUUAUUCGGGGGACAGAUUCAUACCGUGUCGUCGCGGGUACAGUUUCGAGGCAGCUCACUGUCUAUUAAGAAAAAAAGAAUCCGACAUGAAGACCAGAAUUCAUAAACUGCAGGAUAUUCAUAAACAAAUCGAGUUAUUGAAUAUUACGCAUCAACGCGAAGCUUGGCGCGCGUUAAUGGCAGAACAGACUAUCAUACCAGAUUUAAAUCAAAUCAAGAUUCUACACUAUAGCAAUUCAACGAUGCAAUCUCAGAAUUUGCAGCGUACAGAAUCUAAAGAGGAAAGAAAGUGGAAGUGCACGCCGCGCAAGAAAACUUUGAUAGGAAACGUAGAAAAAAUAUUAUGUCUUGAUUCUUCAGAGGAAGAUAAUAAGGUUGGACUAAUUGACUGGAGCUGCAACGGUUUAAUCAGCUUCGGUAAUCAAAAUGGCAUUUCGAUAUGCAAUAGGGACGGCAUAGAGUUGGGGAUGUGCAAAGAAAAGAAUGCCAAAGUCGUUAAAUGGAGCAACGACGGUAGUAAACUGGCGAUAUGUACAAGUCUUAGGAUCAUAUUAUACGAUUUGGAAAAGGAAAAGUCCAUAUGGAAUAUUUCUUCUAAAUGUCUCAGGGCAUUACCUCAUAGCAAUCAUUGCAUCUGCUGGUCUUUCGAUGAUCGUUACAUCGUUAUUGGAUGUGAGGAAGCGAUAUCGGUAUAUGAAACCGAUACAGGCAAAUUGAUUGAAUCCAUUUGGACUAUCAGAUACAUGGAUUGUAUUUCGAGCCUGAAUUUUUCGCCAAAUUACAAGUAUCUGGUAUCAACCGACGGAGAACAAAAUUUUGGAAUAUUUACCUGGCCGGAUAUAAAGUUUUGUUAUUACAUCGAAUUGUCCGAUAAAAUAAGAGCCGUCGCCUGGCAUCCGCAGAUGUCUAACACACUUUGUAUAGGCAGUGGCAGAUCGUUGAUGUUAUGGAACGUCAACAAGAAGACAAUUAUAGACCAUAAGUCUGUCAAAUCUUACGACUUUCGCGUGGAAAAUCUCGUUUGGAACAAGUUAAGCGGCGAGUUGGUCGUACAUUGGACCUACAGGGAGGGGAACAAACGAUACUCGAUUGUCCCAGUGCUCGCCAGUUUCGAUCGAAUCGUCGAUGCACUGCCACUGAAGCAUCAAACGCACAUAUCCUUCUUGAAAUUCAAUGGCACGCACGAAGAGCUGAUAACAUGCGACAAUGAAGUCUUUUCAAUAUGGAAUUUUUUUGGCGAAAAAUCCCAGUACGGACGACAAGUACCUCUCUAUAAUUCAACACGGCAGAAGCAAGGAGUUCUCAAUCGUAAUCCAAUUCGAUAAUUAUAUAUUUAUCUUAAAUAACAGAAUAAUAAGUAAGCUUGAAGCUUUCUGAGGCAUUAGCAUUAAAUUGUAUUUUUUUACAAAUUUUUUUAGCAAAAGUUACGCGUUUAUUUAGAUACAUGAAAAAUAUACCAGUAACUUGUAACUCCAGAAAUCAAAUUUUAAGGUGUGCGGAGAAAGUGCCGCGGUUUAAUCUGUUGAUGAAAUUUUUCAAAUGUUUAAUACUCAUAUUAUCAGAUAGUAUGAUUUAUGCGAAAAUAUUAUCCGUAUUUUUACUGUAUCAGCGUUAUUUCAUAAAUGAAAAUUUAUCGAAUACCUUAAGAUCAGAUAUGCUCGUGUAAAGUUACAACGAGAGUAUGAACAUUGAGUAAAGAAAAACACUGUCACCAAGUAACUGACCAUUCCUGUUACAAUUAACGCAACAUACGGUAGAUAAUUGCUCAGCUCAUUAAAAUUAAUGGCGCUAAAAUUCAUUUAGACUGAUUUAGUAUUCGAUUUAGCAACGCUCGUAAAUGAUUAGCUUAUCUCGCAGUAGAUCGGUAAAGCUCGUACGCCGAGAAUUUAAGUUGUUAUUGGUAUGUAAAAAGAAAAAAAGAAAAAGAAAAAACUGAGAUAGAAUGUAACCGUCUGGUUUUCCCUGGCCAAUCUUCCUGAUUUUACAAAUCGCGCACACAAUUAUUAGAAUAUAU